AAGAUCUGUUACAGUUCUGCAAUUAUAUUGACUAUAAUCAGUUUGGUUCCGAUACGCGACGUAAAACGCAACGCAGGAGAGAAAACAACGUUAAAUAAAAUCAAGACGAAACUUCUAUAGAAAGAUAUUAAAAUGCACGCUCUCUGUUUGCGAUGGCCCUAUCGUGGCUCGCUUAAUUUGGGACCAUAUAACACAAAUCUCGAUUCUCGAAAGAAAAGCAAUGAAUUCUAUCGGCUUUUGACUCAACAACGUAAACGCGGUGUUAUGGGUGAAAUCGAUGUGUCACAGAUUGAAAUUCCGCGUUUUGAGAAGGACACAGAGACGCAACGUUUAAUUAAAAAUGCUAUUCGAGAAAACAAGUUUCUAGGGGAUCUCGAUGAAUCCCGUAUCGACGAUAUCGUUUCAGCUAUGUACCCGAAAACAAUUGAAGGACAAACACGACUUAUUCAGCAAGGUGAAACAGGAUCUCACUUAUAUGUCUCGGAAACGGGAACGUUUGAGAUAUACGUGAACGACACAUUUUAUGGGAAUUUCGGACCCGGCGUUGCUUUUGGAGAAUUAGCGUUAUUAUAUAACACAACACGAUUGUCUUCGAUUGACGCGCAAACCGAUGCCAAAGUCUGGGUCUUAGACCGAAAGGUUUUUCACGCUAUAAUGCAGAGAAACGAAGAAGAAUCCACGCAAUAUAAUUUGCAAGUUCUUCGUCGCAUUUCCGUGUUGCGAACACUUCCCGAGGAAGUUCUUCUAAAAAUGUCCGACUUAAUAUGCGUGGAAUUUUAUACCUCUCAUUCGUACAUCAUACGUGAAGGAGAACUGGGAGAUAAGUUCUUCAUAAUAAAAGGCGGCAAUGUCAGAAUCACAAAGGCGACUGAUUUUGGUGGAGAAAAGGAACUGAUGGUACUCGACAAAGGUGAUUAUUUCGGCGAGAAAGCCUUGUACGAUAACGGUGACACUAAACGGCAGGCUAACGCCAUCGCUCUACCACCUGGAACCGAAUGUUACACAAUCGACAGAGAAUCAUUUUUGAAUUACCUCGGUGGAUUAGAAUCAAUACGGAACAAAGAUUGGCAAGCCUUUCGACGUCCUACGGUCGUGGAAGGCUGGGACGAGGUAUUUUGCAAUUUGGUCUUGUCGGAUUUAGAAGCGAUAGGAACCAUAGGAGCCGGAGGUUACGGCAGAGUGGAAUUGGUAACCGUUAAAUCGAUUCCAAAUAUCAGCUUUGCCAGGAAGAAAGUGCGCAAGAAGAUAAUAACACAGAAAGGAUAUCAGAAACUGAUCUACAACGAGAAGCACAACAUGAGAUUGUGUAACUCACCUUUCAUCUGCAAAUUGCACAGAACGUUCAAGGACAACAAAUAUCUUUACUUUCUGAUGGAGGCAUGUCUCGGCGGUGACCUGCGAACAGCUUUGUAUAGAUCCGGUCGUUUUGAUAAUGCAACCGCUCAAUUUAUCAUCGCCUGUAUAGUGGAAGCGCUUGAUCAUCUUCACACACGUGGUAUUGUUUACAGAGAUCUGAAGCCCGAGAACAUCUUGAUAGCCAAUAACGGCUAUAUUAAAAUCACCGAUCUUGGAUCCAGCAAGAUGAUAGGUGCCUACAAGACAAAGACGUUCGUAGGAACUCCCGAAUAUAUAGCCCCGGAGAUUAUUCAACUUAAGGGAUAUAAUAGAGCUGUGGACUACUGGGCUCUGGGAGUGUUAGUGUACGAAUUACUUCUCGGCCGAACGCCUUUCCAGGGUGUGAACGACAUCCAAGUGUGCGAAAACAUUCUCAGAGGUUUCGAUGACGUUCCCAUACCUAACGUGGUCAAAACCACCGCGAAAAGUUUCAUGCGUCGUCUUUUACAGUUCGAACCGACGAAGAGACUCGGCCAUUUGCGAAAUGGCGCCAUGGAUGUGCGAAAUCACAAAUGGUUCAAUAGUUUUAACUGGAAAUCAUUACAAAACCAAACAAUGGUCGCUCUUCUAAAGCCGGUGAUAAAGGGACAUUUUGACAUGAGAAAUUUCGACAAAUAUCCUCCGGAUCGUGCUCGACUAAUAAACGAUUUUUCUGAUUGGGACGCCAAUUUUUAAAAAAACAGAGUUUACAAAUGUACACGUAAAAUACAAAUUUGUCAAAAUCGUCAGAAAUAGAUUAUUCAAUUACAAAAUGUAACGAACUACUCAUUAUACAUACAUUACAUAUAAAUAUUUUAAGUUCUAUUAAAUUGAUGCAUCAUAUUUAGAAACUUAUCUUCACAAAAGUAUUGUAGACAAUAACAGGUUUAUAUCUUUGACAAAUACGGAUUUAUAGAAAAUAAAAUAAAAUAAAAAAUAUGAA